GGCUGAGUCAGCCGUCUGCCGGCCGUCAAACCCGAGGUUACCUCUUGGGUAAAGCUCACAAACAGCAUUCUCCAACUCCCUUCGACUUCAUCUCGUCGCUGCCGCUGGCUGGCUGUUCAUUUGGUUGACUUGACCGCCCCUCUCCUCUCUCUAUUGACGACUGCUACCCUCUUUUCCUCCAUCUUCUCCGCCUCUCCCCGCUUCUUAUCCUAUUUUCAUCUCAUUUCCUCUUUUUUGCGCGUCAAGUGUCCUUUCGCCCGCCAUGGCUGCUCUUCGCUCAACUUCGCGCCUUGUCGCAUCCUCGAAGCCUCUUUUCCGCCCGGCUGUCUUCGCUCGCUCCUAUGCGACUGUCGACGCCGCUGCUCAGGAUCCCAACCCAUCCGAGACGCCACGCACCAAGACUUUCCAUGUCUACCGCUGGAAUCCCGAUCAGCCCACCGAGAAGCCCAAGAUGCAGUCCUACUCUCUGGACCUCAACAAGACCGGACCCAUGAUGCUCGACGCCCUUAUUCGCAUCAAGAACGAGAUGGACCCCACCCUGACCUUCCGGAGAAGUUGCCGUGAGGGUAUCUGUGGAAGCUGUGCUAUGAACAUCGAUGGUGUCAACACUCUCGCCUGCUUGUGCCGCAUUCCUACCGACACCGCGAAGGAGUCUCGCAUCUACCCUCUGCCUCACACCUACGUUGUCAAGGAUCUGGUACCCGAUCUGACCCAGUUCUACAAGCAAUACAAGUCGAUCAAGCCUUACCUGCAGCGUGACACGAAGACCGAGGAUGGCCUUGAAUACCGUCAAAGUCCCGAAGACCGCAAGAAGCUGGACGGUCUCUACGAAUGCAUUCUGUGUGCCUGCUGCUCCACCUCCUGCCCCUCGUACUGGUGGAACAGCGAGGAGUACCUCGGACCUGCUAUCCUCCUCCAGUCGUACCGUUGGUUGGCCGAUUCCCGUGACGAGAAGACCGCUGAGCGCAAGCACGCCCUGGAUAACAGCAUGAGCGUCUACCGUUGCCACACCAUUCUUAACUGCUCGCGGACUUGCCCCAAGGGCCUGAACCCCGCCCGUGCUAUUGCGGAGAUCAAGAAGUUGAUGGCUUCUCAUUAAGGGGUAGUGGAUAAAAAGUAAAGGAGUGUGUGUUAUAUAUUCGGAGAUAUGUCUUCUUUGGUGGUUCUCUUUUGUAUCCUUCCUUUUAUUUUCCCUUGUUCUAGCUUUUAUUCCCUCGGUUCUUGAGGCCGUCAUGUCGCAUGUUUCAAUAGGUGUAAAUUGUGAAUAUUUAUUUUCAAAGCAACUGGCGAUGAAUAACCGUUUUAGAGGUGUACCUACGGGCAAUUAAUAAUAAAAGCUGCAUUCCUAUUGGCAAGAUGGGAAA